GCGCUCAUGGCGUUCAGUCCCUGGCAGAUCCUGUCGCCGGUGCAGUGGGCCAAGUGGACGUGGUCCGCGGUGCGCGGUUCGGGCGCGGGAGAGGACGAAGCCGGAGGUCCCGAAGGCGACCCCGAGGAGGAAGAGGACUCGCAAGCUGAGACCAAAUCCCUGAGUUUCAGCUCGGAUUCUGAAGGUAAUUUUGAGACUCCUGAAGCUGAAACUCCAAUCAGAUCGCCACUCAAGGAGUCUUGUGAUUCAUCACCAGGAUUGCCAGAACCCGAGGCCAAACCCCAAGACUCUCGAGAAGCCGAUGAACAGUUGGUAGCAGAAGUAAUUGAAAAAUGUUCACCUGAUGCAUGCUCUAGAUCUUCAGAAAAUGAAGUGCCACAGGCGACGACCGAUUCUCACUCCGUCAAGGAUGUCAAAGGGAAGGCGGAACAUGAUGUUAGCAAGAUCUCAGUAGUGAGGCCAUUUUCAAUAGAAACCAGGAAUUGCACAGAUGACCCUGCGGCUGUUGGAACAACAGGAGCCCAUGGCUGUGUCCCUGUGCUCCCAGGAAAGGCCUUCCCUUCCACCACUCUGGAAGCCACACAGGACAAGCCAAUGGUGGACGGAGGCAUGGGGGUUACAUUGGAGGCUUUUACAGAAGCCAGUCUGAAGACUGGAGGCCCCUGUCCAGAGCCGGUGGCCAGCAGAAGCAGGCUAAGAAAGCCCAAACCUGUCUCCUUGAGGAAGAAGACAGCCUCUGAACUGGAAGUGUUGAUGGAAGGUUCACCUCUCUCUAAGGCUUCCUCCCCGUGGAUUCCUGAUGAAUUGGAUCAGAAUGCGAAUCCUAGUGUGCUGAGAGGCUCGAGGGCCCAGAGAUCUCCCCUUAACCCUAAAGAAGCAGCUGGCGCUCUCAGUAACGGCACCAGUGACUUGGGAGUUGAGCUGCAGUGGGGGUCCGGGGACUCACCUCCCAAACUUGAGGACGAUUUUACAGAAGACGGGGAGAAUGUCGAGACCAGGAGUGCCCUUCUGAAGCAACCUGGCAGGAAACCCAGUUACAAACUGGCACCCAAUAUACGAAAAGAUGGCGUCAGUAAGCCUACAGUAGGUGUUGAGCAGGCUGCAGACCCAACAGUUCAAGAUGCCUCUCUCGCCCAAACGUCUCCUAAGCUAGAUCUGAGCAAACGGGGUCAUCCUAACUUUAGUUCCUUCGGGAGCUGCCCCGUUCUGCAGAAUGCCCCGCCCCUCUCCUCCAAAGGCUCCCACCACUGUGACCCAGAUAACGUUAACGUUGACGAAUCCGUGGAUCGCUUUGAGCCAGCCACAGCUUUGACAAGUAGCAGCUUCUGUUCUGCCACUGGUAAUCAUGUUAAUGAAAUCUUAGACUCACCCAAGAAGGCAAAGUCGCGUUUAAUAACGAGUGGCUGCAAGGUGAAGAAAUACGAAACCCAGUCUCUUGAUUUGGAUGCGUGCUGUCAGGAUGAAGGAGCCGUGAUCUCAAAGAUCUCAGACAUUCCUAACAGGGACGGCCACGCUACUGAUGAGGAGAAACUGGCAUCCACAUCGUGCAGUCAGAAGUCAGCUGUGGCUGAGGUGAAAGGCAUAGAAAAGGAGACAUGCCAGAAGAUGGAGAAAGAGGAGCUGGCCAUGCAUGGACUGCUGGAGUCCUCUUCAGAAAAGGCCCCCGUGUCUGUGGCCUGUGGGGGUGAGAGCCCCCUGGAUGGGAUCUGCCUCAGUGAAGCAGACAAGACAGCCGUGCUCACGUUGAUCCGAGAAGAGAUAAUCACUAAAGAGAUCGAAGCAAAUGAAUGGAAGAAGAAAUAUGAAGAGACCAGAGAAGAAGUCCUGGAGAUGAGGAAAAUUGUGGCAGAAUAUGAGAAGACCAUUGCCCAAAUGAUUGAAGACGAGCAGAGGACAAACAUGACCUCUCAGAAGAGUUUCCAGCAGCUGACUAUGGAGAAGGAGCAGGCUCUGGCUGACCUGAACUCCGUGGAGAGGUCUCUUUCUGAUCUCUUCAGGAGAUAUGAAAACCUGAAAGGCGUGCUAGAAGGGUUCAAGAAGAAUGAAGAGGCCUUGAAAAAGUGUGCUCAGGAUUACUUAGCCAGAGUUAAGCAGGAAGAACAGCGAUACCAGGCCCUGAAGGUUCAUGCAGAGGAAAAGCUGGACAGAGCCAAUGAGGAAAUUGCUCAGGUUCGCUCCAAGGCGAAGGCUGAGAGCGCCGCUCUCCACGCCGGACUCCGGAAAGAGCAGAUGAAGGUGGAGUCCCUGGAGAGGGCCCUCCAGCAGAAGAAUCAAGAGAUUGAAGAACUGACAAAAAUCUGUGACGAGUUGAUCGCAAAGCUGGGAAAGACCGACUGAGAGUCGUCCCGUGAGCUGUGCGGGUCCGAGUCUGGCUGCUCCUGUUGUGACCACAUUACCUUGCCUUAUCCAGAAGUAAGCACCCCUUCGCAGAGAAAAGUAACCGUUUCAAAAGCACAUGCCUGCUGCUGCCCCGUCGGUCCCGCUGCUUCACCGCAGCAGCCGCUGUAGUCUGACUGGAGAAGAGGGAGUCACGCAGAGAUGGAGUCACGCAGAGAUGGAGUCACGCGAUCACAGAGCCCUGCGACCAGGCUGCCAGCUGCUGGGGCUGGCUUGUGCUUCUCCAACUUGAGUUCAUCUAGCUGUCGUCUUUGCUUUUCCCAAGUUUGUGGAAUUUCUAAUUUUGUGGCAACCGUGUGGGUUUAUCUCCCCAGCUCCUGUUUGAUAUUUUUAUGACCUACUUAAUCUUUUAAAUUUUCAGUAUCAGCAGUUUUAUCGAAGGGGACAGUUUGACCCAUCAUUACUAACACUUUGACGAUGGGGCUUUAAGCUCCCUUUUCUUUACAGACUUACUCAUGCAUGUAUGUCUAUAAUUGCUGCAGCUUUUCCCCAGAGGCGCAUCCAGAUAAGAACCUCUAGGGAGGAGGUUGGUUACAUAAAUAAAUGUAGACUCUUAUUUUGAAACAGAGCCCUAGGUCUAAAAGCCAGCUUCAGACUUGGUAGGGGUUGGGAACACGGCUCCUUUGGUAGCGUGCUUCCUGUGCACAGAGCCCUGGGUUUGCCCCCCACCCCCAGAACUACAAACACUGGGUAUUAGACUGUAUGCCUGUAAUCUCAAUACUCCAGAGGGGGAGUCAGGAUGAUCAAGUCCAAGGUCAAACAAGGAGUGAGUGGAAGCAUGGGGGUGUCCUAGCUAGUGGGAGGUAGGACAGAAAGAUCACUUGUACCCAGAGUUUAAGGACAGCAGUGUACCAGGCAAAUAGUCCUUUUCACAAAAAACAAACACCCAAACCUGACUUGAGUCAGGGUGGAGAGGCUGAGGAUGUGAAGGCCAGGGGGCAUAGGGUAAGGAAGACCUGCUGUACUGUCUCCUGCCCCAGUAUUUGGUUACCCCAGGACCUUAGCAUUGGCCCUUUGUGCUCAUACAGAAAGCAGUGUCACAUGACCAGCAGCGUGGGCCUCCCUCAGAUCUGGUCUUGGACCUAUUAGUCUCUAAAACAAAAGUCAACUUUUGUUAUCUGUUUGAAACACACACAAAUGGGACUUGGGAAAAGUUUAGUUGCUCUUGUUAAACUAUGAUAGAAGCCUACAUACCAGUCAGAGAUCAAAGAGCCUUGGUUGUCCAUGCUUACAAGUGCUGUACCCUUUUAGAGACUUAAAACAACAAAUGCUUUCGUACUCGAGAUGGGCUUUUAAACAAAACAGGCGGUAAAGAGUCCUGUGGUUCAUUCUCCAAAUCAGCCCCUCGAAUAUUUUAAGCAAAGACCGCUUGAAUGCUGGGGAGGGAAGCAGGGUCCACACAGACAAAACGAAAUUCUGUGAACUCAUACUGGACUUACCCUAAGGGACAUUAACCCCCAAAUAGAACUUUCCCACAUUGAUAACAGUGACUUCCUUUAGGCCAAAUCUAUUGAAGCUUUGAUACUUUUUUUUUUUUUUUGCCUUAAUCUUACGCCCAAGUCUUCAUGGUAAAUGUGUGCUGUUCAGUAUAUACACAUAUCCCUCCUUAUAAAGCCAUUGCAUGAGCCAACUGCAGCAAUGAAUUGUGCCUCGUGGAGAGCCUCCAUAGAUCUUAAAGACAGUGCUCCUUUAGCAGUGUGUUACCGUGUGCCGUCACCUUUAGCUCCAGGGAAGUAACGUCUCCGCAAGCUAGAAAUCACAUUGUGUCAAUAUGCAUUUAUUAUAACCGGUGCUUAGGCUAGGCUGUGUUCUGAGGCCUACUGUCUUUUAACAUUUUGUACAAAAAGAAAAAAAAAGAAAAGAAAAAAAAACCCACAAGCAGACAGAAGUUCUCUGUGGUUGGAGAAAUGGCUUGACAAUCAUUUGGGCUCUGAAUUUAGUCACAGCGGCUUAACGUGAAGCCCGUAGCAGUAGACGUAGUGUCACGUUCAUGUGUCUUCAGGGGAAGUAACCAGUGUCAGCUUAGCCGUCUUCCGCACAGGAAGUUAAAUUUUGCAUUUUAAGAAAACACUGCAGGAGUUUUUGCUACAAUGUUCAGGCAGCAUCCGUGUGUGCUCAUUUUAUAUAUUGACUUAUUUUCUGUAUGAAAGACUUAAGAGUGGUCUCCAUCGUAAAUCUCUUGUUUCCUGAGUUUUGUUGUGGUUGUUGUUCUGAGAUUGUACCCAGGGUCUUGAACAUAUUAGGCAAGUGCUUUACCGUGGAAUUGCAUCUUCCCCGGUCAUCUCUUUAAGCAUGCAUAUUUUUUAAAGUGUCCUGUGCUGUGCUGUAUGUUACCAAGGCACAGGAGAGGAAUGGUGACUGUCCCUCCCUGCCACACUGGCGGACGGGCCCUGAAAACCAGGCCCUGCUCAUUGAAGCUGCUGUACAGGGGACAUGAGCUAGCCCUUUAAGCAGUGUUUGCCAGUGGCCUCUUAGUCAUCACUAUUACCAGGAAAUGUUCACCACUUCCAGCUUAUGGAGAUCCUCCAACAAGAAUAAAAAUGUAGUGUGCACAGCUGGCAAGUUAAGAAAAUACACUAGGCAGAGUAAAGUCUAUUUAUUUAUUUUUCUUAAUUAAAAUAAGCCCUAAAAAGCUUUUUAGCACUCUGGAGAGUAAAAAUAUAAAGUCUUCUUCAACACAUCAUGCUGGGGGGGCCAAAAGCUUCUUUGUUAGGCAAUUAAAUGGGGGGACCAGACAUGGUGGCACAUGCCUAUAAUCCUAGCACCCUGGAGGCAGAAGCAGGGACUUAACGUUCAGGCCUUGACUGGGCUAUACCGUGAGACCCUUGUCUUUCCAGGCUUGAGAGCCAGAUCUGUGACUCAGUGGUAGCGUUUGUCCACCACGCGCCAGGCAUUGUUGCCGAUCCCCAGCGAUGUAAAAACAACAGAAAAUCUAGAACACAAGAGAAACGCUCAGAGUGGCUUGGGAAUUUGAGGCGAUCUUGUUGAGACUCUCAGCCUAGAACCGUCUCUUCAGUUCUGCUUUGCCGAAGCGCAGACAAGUUUUACCCGUCAGUAUUACAGACUGACCAGUUUACCGUGGGUCAGAAGGCAGUGUUGAUUCUGUCUGGAGACCUGGAAUUCCCCUACACUUCGUAUUCUCUGAAGCUCUAGUGUGGAUUCAGGCAUCUUCAGAGACAGACCAAAUUAGGAAGUGCUGAAGCACACGGUUGGGAGGCCUGGACUGGAGCGCACGGGAUGAAAUCUCUGAUUUCAGGAGUCUAGCUUAAGCCAAGCUUCCUUUCCAACCAGCAGCCUUGUUCUCCCUGCAGACUCGCCACUGCCUGUGCACAAAUGCUUGCCCACUAACUAGGCAGCCCUGGGUUGAGCAUGGCAGGCCGAAGCCUUCACUUUCAGCAUAGAUAGCACAGGCUGGAAAGGGCACUCUGCGGUCCACAGGCUUUUCAGGAUCUGUGGCCCAAGUUCAGGGCGUACUGAAUUGAAAGUGGUAUGGACCUUCUGAAGCCCUCCUCCCUAGUCCCCUUAGGCUCAUUUCAGCUGGUGACCUUAGGUCCUGCUGUCUCUCUGUAGGACUGAGGCCCUCUGAGCUCCCUCUCAGGUGUUUGUUUGUUUGUUUGUUUGUUUGUUUUGUUUUUAAUCUUCUUGGGAAGAGAGAAUGUAGAUGUUGAAAGAGUUAAAUGAUUUAGGCAAGGAAUUUAAAGAUGUAUAUAUUAAUGAAGAAUUUUAAGGGUAACAGAUUACUAUUUACUUACUAAUGAACAGGUAAGGUCUGGGAAUCCCAGAACGCCAAGCCAAAGGUCGAAGAAAGCACCUUUCAAAAAAAGUUUUAAUAAUGAAGUUAUUUCAAAGGAGACUAAUGUCCAAGAAAGGUUUGACUGGCCUCCAGAUUCCGAUUCUUUUUUACAAAGCAACUCACCAGGGCCGGGGACGUAGCUCAGUUGGUGACACAUUUGCUCAGCAUGCACAAGUCCCUGGAUGUCAUCCCCCAGUGCUGGGGGAAAAAAAAUCAGAAAAAAAUUUUUUUUACUACUAAGUCCUUCCUGUAUGGAGAGAAAAGGGAAACGGGUAUAGAACCAGGUCUUCUCCAUAGGCUCUCUUCUAGAACAGUACAGGCAAGCACUUGGCACUGCAUAGAGUAAAGACUGCACUUCUAGAAGUUUCCAUCCAAAUGCAGCCCCCUGUCCGUGCCUCUCAGCAUGCAGUUAGAUUUGGACAAAUAAGAUUCCCGAGGAAUGACUUCCUUCAUUGCACCAUGGUUUCAGCUUUAUGUAAACACAUACACACUCCAGUUGUAGUUGUAGAUUGGAGAUGCUGCUGCAGUGCUGGCCUCAGGUAGUCUGUGUGAUGUUUGCACCACUCAGAGGAGGCCAAGCGUGGGGCUGAGGUCUGGCCUGAACCUUCCCUGUAUGGUGUCUUCAAUACCAACUCUCAGGAUGCCACUCUAUCCCCCCUGCCUUCCUAUGGUAUCUGAGUAUGCUCGGCAAAAAUGCUUCCCCCCUCACGGAAGUAACCGAUUCAAUAUUUGUGAGUAAUUUUUUCAAAUGGACACAUAGAAAUCUGAACUCUGAAACCCACAUCCAGACCAGAUACAGGGCAGCGUAAAGGUCAUACCCUCAGCCUCAGCUUUGUCCCUUGCAGUCCUUGGGACAGGAUUCAGGCACUCUGUUAAGUCUCCAAGGCAUUUGUCAGCUUUCCAGUAUUGCUGUUAGAGAGUCUGUGUUUGCCAAUAGAUACCCACUGUACUAACGUGCCAAGUGUUUAUUUGCACAUCUGCUCCCACUGUGUCCAACAACCCCCUUCCCCCACCUCCUGGUGCCCUGGAGUUCAUGAGGAGACUCUCACUGGGUGGGGGGGUGGGGGGCACACACUGCAUUGACUCCUGCUGUCAGGACAGUGUUGUGUGAAUAAUCAUCCUCAUAGAUUUUAUACACAUAGUAAUUUCCCUUUUUAUAUGUCAGGUAAAUAUUUGUAAAAGUUAUACUCACACAAAAGAAAUUAUUAUGAUAAUUACUAAUAUAUUUUUUCCAUGUUUCAUUGCCUGAAUAAAAACUGUUUACCACUGUUGCA